AUGAAGGUGUUCUAUGGAUUGGUAACGAUAUGGAAGGUGGACUGGAUAUUCCUGAUGAUGAUGAUGGAUUUGAAAGUUUUUGUGGAGGCUGUGACACAGGAAGUGGCCCAGAUUUCUUUUGACAUUUUUGUUGGUUACCAUGAUGAAGAACCCAAUUCCUCCGUGCAGGACUUUGAGAAAGAUAAUGCAAUGGAAAACUAUGGAGUUAACAAACAGUAUGAAAAUGUGACAGAAGAUUUUGGAACUUUUGGAAGAGAUUUUUUCUUCUUCUGGUUAAGUUCAAUCCAUACUUAUUGCGACGACGACACUCCAGCUAUUGUGGUUACAACACACUGUGAAGGAAAGACAAACAAUGUAAUAGAACAGUAUUGGACUGAAAUAACGAGGCAUCUACCCGACCACUUGAAAACGCAUUUGCACUUGGAAAACUUUCAUGGAAUACAGUUUCCGCCAAAUAAAAUAGACUUUAUAGCAGAGAACAUUGUUUCUCUUACUAAGGAUAGGGUUUUCUGGGGGGAGGAAAUACCUAAUCGCUGGGCAAAGUUUGAGGCUUUUCUGAAACAAAUUAUCAAAACAAAAAAACUGCUACGGAUGACAGAGGUUUUGGCAAUGAAAGAUAUAGCUGAUUCUGAGCAAGAAGUCUUAGAUAUGCUACAAUUUUACCAUGAUAUUGGUGCUAUCCUCUUCUUCAAUGAAGAUGUUCUUAGAGACAUAGUCAUAAUUGAUGUCCAAUGGUUUGUCGAUGCAUUUAAAUAUAUAAUUGCAGACAAAGAGCAUGUUAGAAAUGCGGGACUGCUUUCACGAGUCUGGGAAGAAUUUAACAGAACAGGCAUUCUGAAAGACACCUUGCUCAAUGAAAUAUGGAAACCACGAAGAAAUGAGAAAUUUGUUGAACACAAAGAGAAUUUACUUCUUUUUAUGCAAAGACUAGGAUUAAUUGCUAUUGGUCCACCCCAUUUCAUUCCAUGCAUGAACAAAAAAAGUUUUAAUAAAGAAUUACGCGAGAAAGUCAAAUCGGCUUCUGAGAAGACAUGGAUUCUUUUGUAUCAAUUCGACUUUCUUCCACUUUUUAUCUUUCACAGACUAGUAGUUCUUUGCAUUGUCAGAAAUAAAUGGGAAGUUUUACAAAAUAAUGGAGAACUAUGUCUUUACCAUGCUGCAGCUAUUUUUACUCAUGCAUAUCAAAAUAUUGUGAUUGCUGUAAGCAGAAAUUGUAUACACAUUCAAGUAUUUAGUCUCAGUGAAAACCGACACCUUUCAAGACAAUCAACGCUUGCAAUACGCGAGUGUCUCCAUUCUUGUAUUCUUUCGUUAAUGAAUACAUUUCAUCAAAGGCUGGAUUUUACAAUAGGUUACUUCUGUUCUGAAACAGAAAUAGGUGUUGAGUUAGAAAAUUCAUUUAUAACUGAAGAUUCAAUUCUUGGCAUCUCGGACAUGUCAUGUCCUAGGCACGGUUUGGAAGAUCAUCAUGACAUCAAUGUUUCCAAGAUUCUUGAAUACUGGACAAAGCAUAAUCCGCCAGAAAUUGCAGUUGACCAAAGAGAAGAGUCAUCUGACACACUUCUUGAACCUCAAAAUAUGCAAGAACCGGAAGAAAACAAUUUCCGCAGAUUUGCGUUAUUGACAAGGCUAGCAAGGACAGCAAUGAGAAUAUAUUUUGAUAGCAUCAUCGACCAAACAGAGCUAAGCCGUCUCUUAUUAGAGAAUCAACACGAUAUGAAAAACGGUCCGUUCAAAUUUACAAAACAGCAGCUUCCAAUACUCUUUCCAGCUGAUAGUUCAACGGUGUCAUCUAUGGCUUUCGAUGAAGGAAUCAUGUAUAAGAUUUUUCGAAAUUAUGCUGAAAUACCUGCACCUGUAUCUGGAUGGGCUAAGCCUGUGAAACAUGAAGAUAUUACAAAAUCAGAUGAUAUAGAAAGAAUCAGAAGUUAUCGAAAUGAACAUGCUCAUCAAACCUCUUUUGUGAUGAAAAGAGAUGUUUUCAACAUUAAAUGGAUGGAUCUUUCGCAGGAUGACCACACCCCAUUCCACAAUGCCUGA